AUGUUGAAGAAACCAUAUUUUAUUCUCUUUCCCCAGGGUUUCUUCCAGGCCCUCUUGACCUUUGAGGAGGUGGCUGUGUUUUUCACGGAGGAGGAGUGGGCUCUGCUGGAUCCUGGCCAAAGAGCUCUGCACAGAGAAGUCAUGGAGGAGAAUUAUGAGAUGGUGGCCUCUCUAGAAUUGGACCUCAGUUCCUGUUGGGAAGAAGGAGAAGGUCCGUUCAUUCAUGAUCCCAAAGAAGUGGUGAUAUCAAUAGAUGAUUGGCAGAACGAUGGGAAUUACAGGGACUCAUCUGUGGUGUCUUCAGAAACAAUUAUGCAUGAAGCAGGAAAAAAUAAGUUCGAAACACAAAAGGAACCCGAAACACAUGAAGGAAACAAGUCAAAGAAUGGGAGGAAGAAAUCCUUGAUUUUUCAGGGUAUCAACGUCCAAGAACUCCUGAUACUACAAGAAGAUCCAAAAGACAAAAACAAGAAAACGUGUCCAGACUGUGGGAAAACAUUUAGAUAUGAAUCGUAUUUGAAUAGGCAUCGCAGAAUUCAUACAGGAGAGAAACCAUUUAAAUGCACCGAGUGUGGGAAGACCUUUAUACGGCAUUCUCACCUUAUUCGUCAUCAGAGAACACAUACAGGUGAGAAGCCAUUUCCAUGCACAGAGUGCGGGAAGAGCUUCAGUUUCAGGAGUAGCCUUACUGAACAUCAAAGAACCCACACAGGGGAAACGCCAUUUAAAUGCAAGGAAUGUGGGAAGCGUUUCAGGCACAGCAGUAGUCUUACCAUACAUCGAAGAACCCAUACUGGUGAAAAGCCAUUUCAGUGCAUGGAAUGUGGAAAGAGCUUCACCGACAGAAGUAGCCUUACUUCACAUGAAAGAACCCACACAGGAGAGAAACCGUUCCAGUGCAGGGAGUGUGGAAAGAGCUUCAGACAGCACAACCACCUUAUUAAUCAUCAGAGAAUCCACACCGGGGAGAAACCGUUUAAAUGCAAGGAGUGUGGAAAGAGCUUCAUUCAGAAUAUUCACCUUACUUUGCACCAAAUAACUCACAGGGGAGAAACCUUUUGCACCGGCGGCCGCCUGGUGGCGCUGCGCGCAAUCGAGCUUGGGGCCGUCUCUAGGCGGCCACUUCCCCUCCCUCUCUAUGGUCGCCACUUCCUGUUUGGCGUACGGAGGCGGCGGCGGAGGGAGCGGAAGGGCCGGGACCUGCUCGGAGGCACUGGAAUCGCCCAACAUGAGAUCUUUCUCUCUGCUUUAAAAGUGUAUUGUGGCAUCAUUGUGAGAGGCCCAAGGUUGGCUUGGUUUAUGCCUCCUCCUUCACACCCCAAAGGCAGCACGAUGGCCUCAGAGGCAUCUUGGUUGUCUCUUCUUUGGGCCGGAAUGGAAAGAGCUGCUAGGCAGCCACCUCAGGCAUUCUUGGCAUUUGAGGAGGUGGCUGUGUUUUUCACGGAGGAGGAGUGGGCUCUGCUGGAUCCAGGCCAAAGAGAUCUGCACAGGGAUGUCAUGGUGGAGAAUUAUGAGAUGGUGGCCUCUCUAGAAUCAGAACUCCGUUCCUUCUGGGGAGAAUAUCCAUUUAUCCAGGAUCUCAAAGAAGGAGAGACAUCAACAGGUAGAGAUUAUGGGCAGAACCACUGGAAUUAUACAGAGCUCUCUGAGGUGCCUUUGGAAAGAGUGAAGAGUGAAUCACAGAAAGAGAUGUUUUUAGAUCUUAGAGAACUCAAAAAGGAUGAAGGAAACCUGUCGGAGAAUGAAGAAAAGAAAUGCUCUACAUCUCUGGCCGUUGACGCCCAUGAACCCCUGAUCUCACGGGCGGAUCACAACGAAAACAGCAGGAAAUUACGUCCACUAUGUGGAGAGAUAUUUAGAUAUGAAUCACAAUUAAACAUACAUUACAAAAUCCACACAGGGGUGAACACAUGUAAACCAAUGGAGUGUGAAAAGACCGUGCCCAGUAGCUUACCAAAAUAUCAAAAUACCCACGCAGGAGACAAAGCAUUUAAAUGCAUGGAGUGUGGAAAGAGCUUCAGUCAGAGAGGUAACCUUAUUCGCCAUCAAAUGACACAUUCAGGAGAGAAACCAUUUGAAUGCAGAGAGUGUGGGAAGCGCUUCAGUCAGAGCAGUCACCUUACCGCACAUCACAGAACACACACCGGGGAGAAGCCAUUUAAAUGCAUGGAGUGCGGGAAGAGCUUCCGAUUGAGCAGUCUGCUUACUUUACAUCACAGAACGCACACAGGGGAGAAACCGUUUAAAUGCAUGGAGUGUGGGAAGAGCUUCGCUGUGAGAUCGUGCCUCACGUUACAUGAAAGAGCCCACACAGGGCAGAAAUCAUUUAAAUGCAUGGAGUGUGGAAAGAGCUUCAGUCAGAGCAGUAACCUUAUUCGUCAUCAGAUAACACAUUCCGGAGAGAAACCGUUUAACUGCAUGGUGUGCGGAAAGAAGUUCAGCCAGAGCAGCCACCUUACUGCACAUCACAGAACCCACACAGGGGAGAAACCUUUUCAGUGCGUAGUGUGUGGAAAGAAUUUCCGUUGGAGCAGUCUCCUGACUUUACAUCAGAGAGCUCACACAGGGGAGAAGCCAUUUAAAUGUACCGGGUGUGAAAAGCGCUUCACUGUGAGAUCUUGCCUCACUUUACAUGAAAGGACCCACACAGGACAGAAAUCAUUUAAAUGUCUGGAGUGCGGAAAGAGCUUCAGUCAGAGUGGUCACCUUAUUCGGCAUCAGAUAACACAUUCCAGAGAAAAACCAUUUAAAUGUGUGGAGUGUGGCAGUACCUUUACUCGGCAUUCUCAACUUAUCCGUCAUCAAAGAACACACACAGGAGAGAAACCAUUUCAGUGUGUGGAGUGUGGAAAGAGUUUCUGCUUCAGCAGUCACCUUACUCAACAUCUGAGAACCCACUCAGGGGAGAAACCGUUCCAAUGUGCAGAGUGUGGAAAGAGCUUCAGUUUUAGCAGUCACCUCACUCGACAUCAUCGAACCCACACCGGAGAGAAGCCAUUUCAAUGCAUGGAGUGUGGAAAGAGCUUCAGUGAGAGCAUUAACCUUACUGUACAUCUGAGAACCCACACAGGGGAGAAACCGUUGAAAUGCACAGAGUGUGGAAAGAGUUUUAGUCACAGCAAUAGCCUUGCUACACAUAAGAGAAUCCACACUGGCGAGAAGCCAUUUCGAUGCACGGAGUGUGGAAAGAGCUUUAGCCACCUUGCUGGCCUUCAUGCACAUAAGAUAACACACACCGGGGAGAAACCAUUUCAGUGCAUGGAGUGUGGGAAGAGGUUCAGCUCCAGCAGCCACCUGACUCGACAUCUUCGAACGCACUCGGGGGAGAAACCAUUUCCCUGCAUGGAGUGUGGAAAGAGCUUCAGUCAGAGCAGUCAGCUUAGUACACAUCAGAGAACACACACAGGAGAGAAACCCUUUAAAUGCAUGGAGUGCGGAAAGCGCUUCAGUGCAAAGAGUAUCCUUACUAAGCAUCAGAGAAGCCACACAGGGGAGAAACCAUUCAAAUGCAUGGAGUGUGGAAAGAAUUUCAGCCGGAGCAGCAACCUUACUAGACAUUAUAGGACACAUACCAGAGUGAUGGCAGGGAGGCAUUUAAAAUAGCUUCAGCUGAUAUAUCAAGGGAUAUAUGCCAGUGGACGAUAGUUGUUUAACACUUCUGGGUAAUGGGAAAGUUUUGCCAGACAUCUACGGUGCAUCACUGCCCUCCUCCAGCCUCUCUUGCGGUGAUGGGAGAAUUGCAAGCAUGUGGAGGGUGAUCAUACAUGUAGUGGCUGACACACGUGGUUCAAACACACCAACAGCUCCAACAUACGAAUGGAAUGCUUAAAACAGAGACAAUAAGCGCCGCUCAGUCAUCUUAACAUGAAUAGGGAUGCUGGACAUGAUCAUUUUUAAAGGACUAUUCCUCAUGAUUUCAUUUGAUUUAUCACAUUGCUUAAGGCAAGCAUGAGGAGUGUGUGGUUCACCAGAUAUUACCAGACAACUAACCAUUGGCCGUAAGGACUGAGGCUGAUGGGAAUUUUGACAUUCGGAAAGCCGUAGGUUUCCUGCCCGUGACUUAACAGAUCCUUGAAAGUGGAUGCAUAGAGUUAGGAGCUGUGGCCUAAUUUGGUGGUUGGCGGCAGAGUUUGGGCUAAAGACUGGGCAAGACCGCCUGGGCUGUGAUUGAGGGAUGGUGAAGGGCAGGGGAACCGGCAGCCUUCAGUGAUGAACUUCAUCUCCUUCCUAGCAUCCCAUCAUUAUGGUAGCCUCUGGCAUCCUGCGGCAUCCUGCAAGUCUGUGUUAAGAAAGGGAGGACUAAGGUGUCAGUAUAUUGUAUGGGGAAAGGUAUGAGAUUUUGAAGAGAGCAAAAAAAUCCCCUUUUUUCAUCUUGACCCCCUUCGUGAUUUUACACUGGGUUGGGAUCCUAGACUGAUCCCUGACUGAGCUCAGACUUCACAAGGUGUUUUAUCUUCGAUUAUCAUGGAUGUGAUUUCUCCUAACCUGUAGGAGCUUGUUCCCUAGAACGUGAUACUGUUAGGACAGCUGGAAAAGCAGGAAGCUUUAACUAAGGAGCUCUUUGAGUGUAUGUGCAUCAAAGUAGGUUUUAGGCAUGGUUAAGUUUAUAGUUAUUUUUAAUCUUGCAUGCUAAAAUCCUUGUGUGCAAUUUUGUUUAUUUACUCAUAGAGUUGUAGUUAACUUUUUUUUAUGUACAGUGCACUUUUGAUUUGCUAUUGAUAUUCUUGAUGGACUAUGUUUGCUCCUUUCAUAAACAAAUGCAUUCACUGGUC